AUGCAGCUCGUGAAGAAGCUCACCGCCACUGGGCGCCUUCAAGAUUGGCACGGCAUGGUCUGCCCAUGGUGCGCGGGCGGGCACAUCACUGGGAACAACCACAAGCUCAUAGAGUCCACGUACGCCCGCCUCGGCGGCGCCAGGGUGCGAUACGUUCAGCAGAUGGAGAAGACGAUUAAGUCUGGCGCCGUCGACGAGUGGCCAGACGUGGAGGCGGAAGAGGCGGAUUUGGGUAAAGAAAACGAUGUGGCAGUUUCUGACAAGGACAAGCCAGUGAGGCGCGAUUGGAAACCCAUUGCUCAGCGGCACCCCGCCAGACGACAUGUGGUACUGCACGCUGACGGGGCGCGCACUUACAAGAUGAAGUUUCCAGGCGUUCUUCACGACAACGUCGUUCACAUGAAGAGGGAAAUUGUGCGACAGGGGGGAACUUUCUGGCUCAAGCCGAAAUUCUCCGAGGUGGUGGAUCACGAGUUGCCGAGCGGUGUUACGCUGCGCACCAAGUCUGGAACGCAGAUUAUUGAUCGCUUCUGGGCUCAUUUGCGGGAGCACCUCCAGUCUCGCACGCGCAGGGUCGGCACGCACGCCACCAGACGCCGCAUUCGGUCGGCGCAGUGGACCUUCUGGAAUAAAGGGCAGGAGUUAUGGUCGCGUACUGGCGACAUGCUGAAGGCGCUUUAUUGA